CCAGGAGGCGGCGGCACCGCCGCAGCCUCUCCCCACCAGGCAGCCUCGGAUCCCACUGGACACUGAGGGCACACCGACCGCGCCUCUAGAGUCACGCCGCCUCUCCCCUCUUCUCUAGACUUCUUUCCCAUCCUUCUCGCCUUCACCCUUCCCACCCUUCCCUGGGUUCCGGACCGCCGCCCUCUCUUCACUCCCGGACCGGCCCUUCUCGGCGCCUCUCUUCUCUAGAGAGAUGCGAUGAGUUGGUGCCCCCGCGUCCUCAUCGCCGUCCCCGGCACGGUGCCCGUCCAGUGCCCGUGGUGGGGAGGGAGCACUCCGGGGCCCCUCCGUGACGCCCCUCCCUUGGCCCCCUCCUCAGCUGGAAUCCCUGGGCUAUGCCCCAGGGGACCCAUCCAGGGGGUGGGGUCUAGAGCGAGGGGGGUGGAGAGGAGGAAGGACGGGGCCUCGGGCGCCUCUGAGAUGCUCCCAAGCGUCAGGGGGGGCCGAGCGAGGCUCAGGCAACCGGGCGGCAGGCAUGAUGCCCUCGCCUAGUGAUUCCAGCCGCUCGCUGACUAGCCGGCCCAGCACCCGGGGCCUUACCCACCUCCGCCUCCACCGACCCUGGCUGCAGGCUCUGCUCACGCUGGGGCUGGCUCAGGUGCUCCUGGGCAUCCUGGUGGUCACCUUCAGCAUGGUGGCCUCAUCUGUCACCACCACCGAGAGCGUCAAGAGAUCCUGCCCGUCUUGGGCUGGAUUCUCGCUGGCGUUUUCCGGGGUGGUUGGCAUUGUGUCUUGGAAGCGGCCGUUCACUCUAGUGAUUUCCUUCUUCUCCUUGCUUUCGGUGCUCUGUGUCAUGCUCAGCAUAGCUGGCUCUGUUCUCUCCUGUAAAAACGCUCAGCUGGCCCGAGACUUCCAAGAAUGCGUCUUGGAUGGAAAGGUCUGUGUGUGCUGCCCUCCUGUUCCUCUACUGCGGCCCUGUCCAGAGUCAGGGCAGGAACUGAAAGUUGCCCCUAACUCCACCUGUGAUGAAGCCCGAGGGGCCCUCAAGAACUUGCUCUUUAGCGUCUGUGGGCUCACGGUUUGUGCCGCCAUAAUCUGUACUCUCUCUGCUAUUGUUUGCUGCAUCCAAAUCUUCUCCCUAGACCUUGUGCACAUGCAGUUGGCCCCUGAGCGCUCAGUCUCAGGCCCUCUGGGGCCUCUGGGCUGUACAUCCUCGCCCCCAGCCCCUCUCCUACACACCAUGCUGGACUUGGAGGAAUUUGUACCGCCUGUGCCCCCGCCGCCCUACUAUCCCCCAGAGUACACCUGCAGCUCAGAAACAGAUGCACAGAGCAUCACCUACAAUGGCUCCAUGGACAGCCCGGUGCCCUUGUAUCCUACUGAUUGCCCCCCUUCUUAUGAGGCCGUCAUGGGGCUACGAGGAGACAGCCAGGCCACUCUGUUUGAUCCUCAGCUUCAUGAGGGCUCCUGCAUCUGUGAGCGAGUGGCCUCCAUUGUAGAUGUGUCCAUGGACAGCGGGUCUCUGGUGCUGUCAGCCAUCGGUGACCUCCCCGGGGGCUCCAGCCCGUCGGAGGACUCGUGCCUGCUGGAGCUGCAGGGCUCCGUGCGCUCCGUUGACUACGUGCUCUUCCGCUCUAUUCAGCGCAGCCGCGCCGGCUACUGCCUCAGCCUGGACUGCGGCCUGCGGGGCCCCUUUGAGGACAGCCCCCUGCCCCGGCGGCCCCCGAGAGCUGCCCGCUCCUAUUCCUGCUCUGCCCCCGAGGCCCCACCCCCACUGGGUGCCCCCGCAGCUGCCCGAAGCUGCCACCGGCUGGAGGGCUGGCCGCCUUGGGUGGGACCCUGCUUCCCCGAGCUGAGGCGGCGGGUCCCCAGGGGAGGCAGCCGGCCAGCUGCAGCCCCUCCCCCCCGAGCCCCGGCUCGCCGCUUCAGCGAUAGCUCAGGUUCCCUCACCCCACCGGGGCACCGGCCUCCUCAGCCAGCUCCCCGACCACCGCUGCUGCUGCCACGGUCCCACAGUGACCCGGGCAUCACCACCUCCAGCGACACCGCUGAAUUCAGGGACCUUUAUACCAAAGUGCUUGAGGAAGAAGCUGCUUCCAUUUCCUCUGCAGAUACAGGUGCCCCGGAGCCCAUGGGGCCGGCCAGGCCGAGAGAGCCUACACCUUCGCAGCUGCGGCGACCUCAGCUCCGGCUCCUCCCUGAGACGCCUCCUGUCUGGCCGCAGGCUGGAGCGCGGCACCCGCCCCAACAGCCUCAGCCUCAAUGGGGGCAGCCAGGAGACUGGGCUCUGACCUGGGCGUCCUCCCACACUGAACAGAUCCAGAUGAAUGCUGGGGCCGCAAGCACCAGCUGGUUGGGACCAGCAGCCUCCAGCACCCCCUUGCACUGGCUGAUACAAAAAGAAACCUGCUGAACACCCCCAGAAGUAUCCCUUUCCCUCCUACCUCUAGGGGCUCCUGCUGCUUGCCUCUGCCCCUCCAGCCUGGGGAGACUUGUCCUGCACUGCAUGGGUGUUCAGGCUGUGCAGAGAGAUGCCCCUGCUUACAGCGUUGGAGGAGGAAAAUAAAGUCCUGUUCCUCCAGCAUGAGAGUAACUCUCUGAUUCACCAUGGGCCCUGUGGCCAGGGCAAAGGCAUGUCCCGGUUGUUCAAGCACAAGGGGCUAUAUGCCUGUGCAAUGGAGUGGUGAGGCAUGAAGGGUCAGAAAAAUCUGGGUGGCCUCUCAGCUCUGCCACCUUUAGCUGCAUGAUCUUGGGCAAGUUAUUUAACCUCAAUUGCCUGAUCCAUAAAACAUUGUGAGGACGAAAGUUUGUAAAGCUCUUAACACACUAAGUAAGGCUUCAAUAAAUUUCAA